AUGCGCAAUCCUGUCGCCUUGGCUGUUUUGCUUUUGCUACCUGAGUUAAUUUUAAGCCAAAAUCUUUAUGAAUACCUCGAGUUGUCAAGUUCAGCAACAGAUGCCCAAAUCAAGAAGGCGUAUCGUCGUCUAGCAAAGCAGUACCAUCCGGACAAAAGUAAAGAUCCAGAAACUGAAGCAAAAUUCAAGCAAGUCUCGUUUGCUUAUGAGUGUCUAUCGGAUUCAGCGAAGAGACGUCGGUAUGAUUCUGGUCAAGGAAUCAAAGCAUGCGAAGGCGAUGGCGGUGACAGUUUUGGCGACUUUGGAUUCUCCAAUAUAUUUAGCUCGAUGUUUGGUGGCGGAUCUGACAUGCACCACGGGGAGGACAAACUUCGUGGUGCCGAUAUUGUUGUUGGCCUUCCUGCCUCUCUUGAAGAACUCUACAAUGGCGAGUUCAUUGAAAUUGUUCGUUCAAGGCCGAUUAAAAAAUCUAAACCGGGCACACGAGAGUGUAAUUGCAGAAUGGAAAUGAAGACUCAAUAUCUGGGCCCCGGUCGCUUCCAAAUGCUACAGCAGCGCGUUUGCGACCAAUGCUCCGAUUUUGAGUUCGUCACGGAAGAUCGACAAAUUGAGGUGGAGAUCGAACCUGGAGCUCCUGAUGGCCAUAUUUAUUCCUUCCCAGACGAAGGUGAACCACACACAGAUGGGGAUAGCGGAGAUCUCAAGUUUGUCAUUCGGCAGCGAAAGCAUCCUGUUUUCCAUCGGCGGGGCGAUGACCUCUAUACAAAUGUGACCAUCAGUCUCACCGAUGCAUUAGUGGGAUUCACAGUUGAGUUCACUCAUUUGGAUGGUCACAAGGUGUCGCUGAAGCAGAACCGAGUGACCUGGCCCGGAGCAGUAAUGCGUGUACCAAACGAGGGCAUGCCCAACUACGAUGACAACGCCAAGAGGGGAAAUCUCAUAGUCACCUUCGAUGUGGCCUUCCCUCGGAAUCGGGAACUCAGCACCAGUGAAGCAGAAGCGAUCAAAAGCAUUUUUGGUGAGGGCACUAGGGCCUCAGGAAAGUCUGUCACCUUCGGAGUGCCCGCUAAGCGACCCAAGGGCCUCAACGAGGGACACAAUGGCCCCAUCGUCUACAACGGUUUCUUGUCGAAGAGCGCUGCUGAAAAACAUCUUUCUAACACCCUUACAUAG